UGAUUUCUGACUUCUGUAAAAAGGUUGCAAAAGAAAGCGCUGAUGUAAUUGUAUUAGACGACAAUUUUGCAACAAUUGUGAAUGUAGCAAGAUGGGGGCGUUCUAUAUACAUAAAUAUUCAGAAGUUUGUGCAGUUCCAGUUGACUGUCAAUAUUGUUGCUCUCAUGAUCAACUUCAUAUCUGCAUGCAUCUCAGGAUCAGCUCCGCUUACGGCCGUGCAAUUGCUUUGGGUCAAUUUAAUUAUGGACACUCUAGGAGCACUUGCACUGGCCACUGAACCGCCACAUGAAGGACUGAUGAAACAGCCUCCUGUUGGGAGGACUAAAAGUUUCAUUACCAGAACCAUGUGGAGGAAUAUCAUCGGUCAGAGCAUCUAUCAAUUAGUUGUUCUUCUAGUCCUCAAUUUUACUGGGAAGAAGAUAUUAGGACUUAAUGGUUCUGAUGCUACUGCAGUACUCAAUACUUUCAUAUUCAACACAUUCGUGUUCUGUCAGGUCUUCAAUGAAAUGAAUAGCCGUGACAUUGAGAAGAUAAACAUUUUCCGUGGAAUGUUUGGAAACUGGAUAUUCACAGGAAUCAUUGCAGCUACAGUCAUAUUCCAAGUGAUCAUAGUCGAAUUCUUGGGCACUUUCGCCAGCACCGUGCCAUUAAAUUGGCAGUUGUGGCUUCUCAGCGUUGUACUCGGGGCAGUAAGCUUGCUUAUUGCUGUUGUUUUGAAGUGUAUACCUGUUAAUCAGAUGACUAAUACCCAACAUGAUGGUUAUGAUCUGCUCCCAAGCGGUCCAAACCUUGCUUGAAGGAAGGGUGGAAUGAAGAUAGAGAAUGAGGAACCACCAAGUUAAAUGCGAACAACUAGCUUUUUAUGUUU